UACCGCCUUUCUGUAGUUUAUGCUUGAGUUUCUCCUUAAUUUCAAUGCAUUCGUUCUGCAACACUUAAUACGUCUCUCUUCUGUUUCCUGUACUUUUCUCUUAUUCCUCUUUUGAAGAUCUAAGGGAACAAUUCUUCAUUAGAUCUGCUGUAGUAAAGCGACCUGAUAUUGAGAUUUUCUGAUAACCUCACAUAGUCUGCUAAAUUCAUCAGAUUAACAACGCACCAUAACCAUUCCAUUCGUUAAACAGUAUCGUUAUCUUAACCUGUACAUUCUUUAGACAAUGGAAACAAUCGUCGGUAUGGAAGGUCAAACUGCUCCCGAGUCUACACAUGGACUGUUUGAUUCGCCUCAGAGCGUGCUAAAUUCUUGCCGAAGCACUACUUCAGAUAAGCGUAGAUCGAUAGAUUUAACUCCACGAAGCCUAAUAAGUAACGGCUUUUACAUCAAUCAAAACUCUUUACAAAACCACUCGAAUGAGUUACAUACAGUCAAGGAAGAGGAUCUUUCGACGCCCUUUAUCAACGCAGCCUCUCAGAAUUCGUAUCAAAGAAAGCAGCGUGCCUCAGUUGCUCAUUUCAACAGCUUUCCUAGGAAGAUAGUACUUAAUUCAUCUGAAGACGAAGAAUCAGCGCAACUAUCGCGAGAAGAUGUAUUGGCCGAGACCGUAGCUAAAUUAAGCGGACAGAACAAACGUAUCAACACAAGUCAUAAUGAUCACACUGCGGACAUAAACAGGUUCAAGAACACGAUGUAUACUACAAUGAGACAUGGUAGCAGCAGUACUGUUUCUGAUAAGCAGAAUCGUCGAUUAUCUGAGCCUUUCUCAAAAGCUUACUAUUAUGGUAACAACAACAAUAACACUAUCCACCAGCAAUUACAGCUUCAACAGCAGAAUUUUUCUGACGUACCACGUCCUUUUCCCAACUCAACCUUACAUAAGAGAACAUCCUUCCAUCAAUAUACACCGGGCUCUAAUCAUCUAUCUGAAAAUAAAAGGCGUUUAUCGAUGUCCAGGAUCAAUGUUUCGGAUUAUGAAAGUUACAGGCAGCAGCAGCAGCAGCAACAACAACAGCAGCAGCAAACAACAAUGGGGCGAGACUACAACUGGAGGUCCAAAAGUCCUUCCUUCUCAGCGGGAGGUGGGUGCUUGGCGUCUCCUUCUUCAACACUUAUUUCUCCGCGAUCCUCCUCAAGACCCAAUUCAAUAGUAGGUUUUAGCAAUCAUAAUAGCUGCAAUAGUAUGAAUCGAUCUACAUGCUCGCCUACCUUUGAAUCCACUGCUAACAGUAAUGGAGGAUCGCCACAACGCAAAGCCCUAUUUGUAUCCCAUCUACCAUUUUCUGCUAUUGUUCCGCACCUGAAAUCGAACCAUUUCGUAAGCGGUAUUCUGCGUGUCAAUAAAAGGAAUCGAUCCGAUGCAUACGUGUUUUGCGAAGAACUAAACGCUGAUAUAUAUAUAUGCGGGUCGCGUGAUAGAAACCGUGCUUUGGAAGGGGACUUUGUAGCCAUCAAAUUGAUUGAAGUGGAGCAAAUAUUGAUGGAAAAGCACGAAAAGGAAGAAGCAAAACUAGUAAGAAAUAAUGGUAACCCUGUCAUUAGAAAACCUGAUGAGGAAGAUGAGAAGGAAAUCAUUUUUGGAGGAGAAGAAGACGUCGAUCGUGUGACCCCAAAGUAUUGCGGAAUCAUUGUCGCCAUUCUGGAACGUGUUCAGAAUCAAAUGUUCUCUGGCACUUUAGGUUUGACUCGUCCGAGCAACAAGAGAUCGAAAGAGGCAGACUCAGAUUCAAGACGUGAAAGUGGUACACCUCGUAUUAUUUGGUUCAAACCAACAGAUAAACGUGUUCCCUUAAUAGCCAUCCCUAUUGAACAGGCUCCUGCUGGUUUCAUUGAAAAUAGUGAUGCUUUUGAAAACAGGCUCUUUUUGGGUUCUAUUAAAAGAUGGCCUAUCACAUCUUUACACCCCUUUGGAGUGCUCGAAAAGGAAUUAGGUAAUACCGGAGAUCCCUCUGUUCAAUUGAAGGCCAUAUUGGCAGAUAACAAUUUUGUGCCAGAUACACAAAUCAGCAACGCCGAUAGCAGCCAGCUUUCUUCCCAUUUAUUAAACAAAGAAUCAAUAGAAAAGGAGAUCAAUUACAAUUCACGGCGUGAUUUACGGUCCAUAAGAUGCAUUGCUGUGAUGGAUGAGGAAGGAGGCUAUAUCGAGAAUGCCUUUUCUAUAAUGCCUAAAGACGACGGGGACUCUUUUGAGGUGGGCUUUCACGUUUCUGAUAUUAGCUUUUUCGUUGAACCCGAUACAGAUCUGGAUAAAGAAGCCCAGUUGAAAGGUGUCGAUGUCUAUUGCACAAUGACUGAAAAAGCGAGUUUAUGGCCAGAAACACUGCGGGAAAAAUGUACCGAUUUGAUUGCAGGUGAAGAUAGAUACGCUUUAUCUAUUUUCUGGACGAUAAGCCAGACCAAAGGUAUACUAGACACAUGCUUUGCAAAAACAGUGAUAUGUUCAAAUACAGUCAUGUCUAUACAAGAUUUACAAAGAGCAAUCACUGCUCCAAAUAAUAUUGUUGACGAGCUUACACAGGACAUCAAGUUACUUUACAGCAUCGCUUGUAUGCUUAGACAAGUACAUCCACAGGAACCAUUGCAACUCGACGUACCAGAGCUCGAGAUUCAUUUUGAAGACAGCCAAUUUCCGAGCUUUGCAGCUCCCAAGAUACGCUUUGAAUCUGAAGUUAUCUUGCAAGAGUUCCAAACUCUAGCAAAUAAGCAUGUUGCACAAAAUAUUUCUAGCCACUUCCCAGACCAUGCAUUGUUGAAAUCACAAGCACGCCCCAAUGAGAGGAAAUUGAAAGAAUUAACCCGUUAUCUCAGCAGUCUUGGUUACAGAUUGCAACCAGACAAUCCAGAAACUCUACAGCAAUCCAUAGACAGUAUAAAGAAUCAGGAUGCUAAAAGUGUUAUACUAUCACUGCUCAUAAAGACAAUAAGUCCUGAGAAAUAUUUCUGUGCAGGUGCUCUUGAUAUUAGCCGUUACUACCACUAUUCAAAAAAUACACCCUUGUACACUCAUUUUACAUCGCCAACCAAACGGUAUGCUGAUCUUAUUGUUCACCGUCAACUAGAUGCAUACAUUAAAGGAACACAAGGCUUCUAUUUAAACACGGAUGCUAUCCAAAAAUUGGCGCAGCACUGCAAUAGUCGUACGCGAUUAUCUGAAAAUGCAAAGGAACAAACAAAGCACAUGUUUCUUUCCUACUAUUUAGCCAAUAACUCUGGCCUUUCUAUUAAUCGACUAGAGGACGCUAUCGUGGUAGGCGUACAGCAAGAUUCUUUUGAUGUCAUCAUUCCAGGCUUCGUGCUAGAAAGACGUAUUCAUACAGUCAACUUACCUUUACAAUCUGCAACCUAUAAUGAAGCAGAAAAUGUUCUUCAUCUCGUUUGGAUUCAGGGUAAAGCCACAGUUGACGCGACAGUUGAGACAGAUAUACCAAACGAGGACGAAGAAGAACAAAGUGAUGAUUAUCAUCUCAGGGAUACUCACAGCGCCCGAGAUGAGGACUCACAGGCAAGUACUUCCGAUUUAGUCGAACUUUCCGGCGAGGAGUACGAUAACACGUUGAUGAAAGUCAAGCAUUUGUCGUUAAAGUCUUCUUCAACGACAGCUUUGGACGAUUUGAAGAAAAAAAGAAAGCGCUCAACAUCUAUUCGCGCUAUAAAUGGAGAAGAUGCGUGUUCAACACAACGAAAUUGUAUGUUUGCGCAUGAGUUCCGUCAAGUAAUACGUCCGUUUGAUUUUAUUAAGGUCGUUAUAACAGCGGAACCAGUUCGGAAUCCACCCCUAAUUAGAGUGUUAGCCGCAAAUCCUUUUAUUGCCAAGCCAUAAGUUACUUGAUUGAAAUGGAAAUGUGAAAAAAGAAAUGUCACGAUAUGUGAAUGAUGAAUUCAUUAUCACUGGACACACUUUUGUUAGUUACCGUUCGAACGUGUUCUCAUACAUAAUCAAAUAAACCGUAACCG